AUGGCGCCAUGUCGACCAAGCAUUCGCACGGAGCUGGCGAUGAACAACCAGUUGGCCACGCACUUCAGGACCUACUUCCAGAUGGAUGCGGCAGAUGCCUCUGCCCUAGCAGGAGCAUUUGGCCUCAUGAAUCUCUUUGCCAGGUCUUUGGGUGGAAUCACAAGCGACAUCCUGUUCAAGUACAUGGGAUUCCGCGGCCGCAUUUGGGCGCAAUUCUUGUCCCUGUUCUUUGAAGCAAUCUUCCUGUUUUGCUUCGGCUUGGUGGACAAUGAGCUCUUCCAUAGCUACGUCCAGCCCUUCCUGGGCGCCGUGAGCUCGGGCCUAGCUGUUGUGCUAGGUGCGAAAGGCUGUGGAGGUUCAGGCCUGUUCCUAGGCCUGUCAGUUUUGAGUUUUGUGGAUGGCGUGUGCAACUUCAAGUUCCGGCGCCGGCAGUCUGUGGCCAUGUCGGCCGCCCCAGACGGUUUUGCAGUUGCCACAGAAGGUUUCGACCGCGCAGUCGGUGCCCUAGACUCACUGAGCCGCCUGCGAGCUGCAAAGCCUGCAAAGCCUAGGAGUGCGGCUAGGGAGCCGAGCCCGCCCUCUGACGCGGUGGUGCGAAAAGUUUUGGAAGACUUGCUUGCGAAGGGCCUCGGGCCCCAGCCACUUUUGCUGACGUGGUUAAAGCUGGGAGCUCCCCUGCCAAAGCCGCCCCAGAAUGGGCCACGCGUCGUUGCUGCCUACACCCAGGCCCAGUUGGAACAGGUACUUAGCUGGGCUGCCGCGGCUCCGCCCACAACUCCCACAACACUAGUGGAUUUUGUGUCUGCUGAGCCUUCUUGCCCAGUGCUGGUCUCCACGCCUACAGGGGGCAUUACUGCUCGCAAGGCCAAGCUGCACCAUUUCGGUGCAGGAGCACCUAAGCCUAAUGGGCUUCAGCCCAAGCCCGAGUUUGAAGACAAAGCUGCCGCUUCGGAUGCAACCAGCAACCCGGACUGGCAGGUUUUUCGUUUGACUCUUGCUCAGGAGUACUGCGACCCGAAUCGGUUCGCUGUCGCGUCCAAGCGCCCUCAGGCAUUGGCUGCGACCCUACUGCCCGGUCCGCUGAGAGAGAGGGUCGUCCGCACCUAUGCGGCCGCUUCGUACCAGACUGAGGUCACGUGCCUUUUAAGGGUCCGGCUGCAGGAUGCUUCGGGGUUUUUGCAGGCUGCCUUGUGUCCUGGGGCUUUUCUGGCUAAACAUCGGAACCCGGAGUGUAGCGUGCAGUGGCUUGCCCGAGACCGCGACAUUAGUGCCCCCAAGUACCUUGCCAAAGCCCUUGCUGCCGCGCAGGCUUCGCCUGGUGCCGUCUUGGCCUACCGCCCAGGAGGCAAAGCAAACCUUGGACUGCGCCUCACUGGUCCGCCAUCUGGAGGUGCGGUUGAGGGCGGCAUCGCUCCCCGCUGGGUUGUGUCGUGUGUGCCUCGCAGCUGGCUUAACGCUGAGGUGGAAGAAUGGCUCUCUCAGCACGGUUUCCUUGAGCCUUCGGGGAUACACCGCCUCAGUGCUGACGCAUGGAGUUGCAGGGCUUGGCCCAAGGAAGGGGCCGGUGCCGCUAUGUACGCCUCCGGCAUCGUUGUUGCGCCAGCCUCAAGUCCGCGCUCCCGCCGCAAGGCUGGCAUCACUGGGCCUGCACUGUGGGGUACAGGUGCUGUUCCGCAGGCCGCUCAGGCUCUCCCCGCACCCACGACUGCAGAAGCUGAGGAUUCCAACCAGGAGCCUGGCGCUGGCAACACUGACAGCGAUAUGCCUGAUGCUGCGGCCAGCGUUGGUGAGGCUAGUAAGCGAGGCCAGCCGCCGCGAGCUAAAGAGCCUGCUGCUAAGAGGCCAAAGUCCGCCAAGCUGCGGCCGCAGAUGCCUUUUGCCCGUCGCUUUGUUCCGCAGGAGUGCGGCAGAGCUGGCGACUGCGCCUACACUUCGGUUGCCAAAGCUUUAGCCACCUUUAGUGCUAGCGACGCUUUUGACAAGGAUCUGCAGCCAGCCGGGCGGCUACAGGCCUUCUUGAGGUGCGAGGCGGCUAAGUAUAUCCGCGCUCAUAAGAAGGCCUUUAGCCAGACCGACGUUGGCCCUGAGGAGAUCGCGGAGCGUACCGCCACCGCAGGUGUUUGGGCGAACAGCCUGUCGCUUACCGCCCUGGCCGGGGCCCUAAAGCUCCAGCUUCGGGUAUGGGCCUACAGUGAAGAGCAGGGGAUGUGGACCCUGUACUUGUUGGGGCCGGACCCGUCCACCAGCAAGAAGAAAGGGGGCACCCCGCCGUGCGUCUGGCUUAAACUUGAGGAAGGAGAAGUGGCGCAGGCCCUGGUCGGAGCUGGGCUUCUGGGCCUUGACCAGGCCGUUCAAAACUUCACAGCUGAGACGAAAGACGACAGUGACUACGCCCCUGGUCAGCUUUACAACUGCUCCUGCGGCUGGGUUGUGCCCACGGGGCUGCGAGGCAACCGCGCCAACGCUGCUGCGGUAGCUCACUGGCGACAGUGCAAGGGCACGCGCCCCCCGACGGCCGCCUCACAGAACGUGCGCCGACGAGUUGCCUUAAAGGGUUUAGCUGCAAGUGAGCCUCGCCGGGCGCGAGCUUGGAAAGCCUUCCAAGCCCACCUUUCUAAGCUGAAGGGCGCUAAGUGGGAGGAUGCUGCGUGCACCCCCGUCCAGGACCUAGUCACGCGCCACGACUGGAUCGCCAAGACGGUUGGACUGGAGGCGGCCGCUCACUUUAAAAGCCAGGAGCGUUUGGGCCACUGCCGCUUUGUUGCCACGGCGAAAGGAAAGCUUGCCCAAAAGCGGGCGAACGCAAACCGCAACAAGGAGCGUCACGACCUCACAAAGCAGCGUUUGGUCACCGUUUUGCACGAAGCCAACCGGGUCGGCUUGCCCGAGGGGUCGGAUGGAAAUCCGCCUGGAGUGCAGCGCCGCCACGGCAAGUUUUGGGCUGCCCUCGCCAAGGUGGCACGUUCGCUGAGCCUGCCGCUCUUCAUGGAAUUCUGCAAACGGCCUCAGUCUGCGGUGCCUCCUGUGGAUCCUCGCAUCCUGCCAAAGUCGCGGUCCCUCGACGAUCAGUUUGCGGCUUGGCAUGAGGCUGCGGAAGCUUUUUGUCAACAGGCGGUCCAGGAGGGUUUAGCAACCGUGGAGCGAAAGGCUGAGCGACCAAAAGGGUCACGGGCCACCACCAGACCUGUGGCCGAGCCGAAGCUGUGUUGUGAGCUUGAAACUGUGGAGCUGCGCCGUUGGCGCCGCUUGUAUCGUGCUGCUGCUGAGCAAGAGCGCCGCAGUGGCCCUGCGGCUGUGAUGCGUGCUGGUCUUGCCGUCUCGAGCGAAGAGGCCAAACAGCGUCAUGCUUGGCAGUUGCGGUGGAAGCGUCAAUUUCGCCAAGAUGCCCUGCGGCCGAUAGCAGUGGAAAGCGCCGCGCUGCGGGCGUUCAACCGGGCCCUCUUGUGGCAGUUCCCGCCGUUGCCGCAAGGACAGUUUUGUGGUGUUAAGGGUGAAACAGCGGCGUCUGCUACUGUCGCGUGGCUGCGCACCGACGCAGUCAGAGGUGCCGAGCUGGAUCUUAGGAAGGCCUUUGAUACAGUGCAUCAUGCGGUGGCCCGUGCUGCCGCGCUUGCAGCUGGAGUGCCGGCUCCCAUUGUCGAGUUUUUGGCACGUUUCGUGUGGCCUGCACCCAGGUGCUGUGUUGUGCACGGCGCUGCUGCGGCGCGCCCUGUCUACGCGUGUACGGGUUUGCCUGCCGGUGACCCGUGCUCGCCCAGCCUCCUGGCUUACGUUUUGGCACCUUGGCGGUCUCUGGUGGAGAGUUGCCCAGGCAUCCGCGCUUUCCUGUUUAUGGACGACCGAAGCCUCGUUGAGCUGGUGGGCAGGCGCGCCUCUGAGGAUGCCCUAGCCUCCGCCUUGGCCUUGUCGCAGUGGAGUGAUGAAACACUCGGCCUGCAAGAGCACCAGGGCAAACGCCAGCUUUGGGACCGUACGGCAAACCCUGAUGCUUCUGUAGAGCACCUGGGCAUCACAACUGCCCCGGGCAGUCAGGUUGUCCCUGAGUUGCGGGUGUCCGAGCCUCAGUUUUGCAGCUUGGCCUCCGCCGUCACUUGCCUCCCAGGUGGUAUGGCUGUGACUGAAAGAUUGUUGCAAGGCUUGGUGCUCCCAAAGCUUUUGUGGUCGGCGCCCCUGACGCCGAAGUUGUCACCCGCAGUUACUGAGGCUUUCUAUCGUGCCAUCUGA